AUGCAUCCACAGCGUGUGCAGUCGGUGCCUGAACGCGACGAGGAGCAGUACGAGCUCCGUAAAAGUGUGAAGCAAGGCUUAGUUCAGCUUGAACGCCAUCAUGGUGGGUUUUCCCAGGGCGCAAGGGCCCACGAGCGCAAGGAACGGGAGGUACACAAGGGAGGACACGGACGCGGUGGCGCCCCUGGCAGCCUCGACGAGGAGAUUUCUCGUGUUCUGAAAAAGAGUGGAGGAAAAGCUGAGGAGGCGCUGCGAAUUGCACAGGAAGACGAAGAACCGUACGCGGAAGGAGAAGCUGAGGACGAUGCUGAGGAUGCGCACGCCGCAGAAGCCACAGGCACGGAGCCACUUGAGAACGGGUCCCUGGACGCUUCCGCACCGAGCAGUGCAACACCGGGGGAGAGCGUGCCGUAG